AUGGAUUGGAUCGUUUCAAAGACAGGCACCUUGCUCAACAGCACCGUCCUGGUCCUCGACCAGGUCGUCCAGUCCGGAUCCCGCUUCGAGGCCACCCUCUCCCCCGCCGCCAUGAAAGUCGUCAAAGGAGUCAUGGGGAAUGAUGUCCUCUCGGCCGGUUUCUUCUUGAUGGUCAUCGGAAGCUGCUACUCCUUCUUCAAGGACCUCUUUGUCCGUUACUACUACGAGAUCCAGUCCUGGUUCUACGUCUCGGUAGAAGUUCAGGAGGGUGAUGACACCUACAAGUGGCUCUCUGAAUGGGUCGCUGAAAGACCGCUCACAAAGUCCGUUCGCCAUUUGACCGUCAAGGCUGUGUGGCCUGAUGACAACAACGACGACGACUACUACAACAACAACAGCAAAGAUGAGCGCCCCAAUCUCUUGUUCAUGCCCGGCUUGGGUUCUCAUGUCCUCUACCACAAGGGAUACAAGAUCAACGUUUCCCGCGACCGUCCCGACCAAGCCUCUGGUGCUGAUAGCGAGCAAUCUCGAAUCUUGGCCUCGAUCCAAAAGAAGCAGUGCCUCACCAUCUCUACCUUUGGCUGGGACAUUUCCCGCCUCAAGACCAUCGUCCAGGACGCUAUGGAGGAAUCGUACAAGAAGAAGGAAGGCAAGACCACUAUUUACACCUCCCAGCCUUAUGACAACUACUGGUCCGGUAGCUCAACUCGUUCCCCUCGUGCAUUCCACUCUGUCAUUCUCGCCGAGGGUCUCAAGGAAGAGCUUCUCGAAGACAUUACAACUUUCCGCAACUCGUCCCAGUGGUACCAUGAUCGUGGUGUCCCAUACCGCCGCGGUUAUCUCCUCCACGGACCCCCCGGUACCGGCAAGACCUCCUUCAUCGUCGCCUUGGCCGGUCAUCUCAAUAUGUCUGUUUGCAUUGUCAACUUGGGUAUCUCUGGAUUGAACGACCAACAGUUGGAUCGCCUCCUGAACAACGCGCCCCGCAACAGCAUCUUGCUCAUGGAGGAUGUCGACGCUGCAUUGGUCAAGCGCAAAGCUGGAAAGGCUCAGGAGGGCGGAAACAACGUUACUCUCUCCGGAAUUCUCAACGCCCUCGACGGUAUCACUGCUCAGGAGGGAAGCGUUGUCUUUAUGACCACCAACCAUAUCCGCAAGCUCGCCCCUGCCUUGAUCCGCCCUGGACGCUGUGACAGAAAGAUGCUCUUUGAUUAUGCUGACAAGCACCAAGUCGAAGGCAUGUUCAUGAAGUUCUUCUUGAGCCGCCCUCCUGUUGCUCCCAAGCCUGCACCCAAGUCCCUCUUCGACUCUACCACUGCCACUGCCGCUGCCCCUACUGCAUUGCUCGAUUUGGACUCCAAGGAAAAGGGACGCAAGGAGGCUUACGACGCCAUGAUCAAGCGCACCGCUACCAAGAUGGCCGAGGCCAUCACCUUCAAGGAUGCCGUCACCACCGCCCAGCUUCAGGGAUUCUUCAUGCUUUAUCGCGACGACCCGGAGAACAUCCUGGACGAGGUCCCUGGUUUCUUGGCAGAGUUGGCUCAUGAGCGCGAGGUUUUGUCGAACAAGAAGGUGAUUCGUCGCCAGCGCCGUGAAAAGAAGAAGGCCAAGAAGGAGGAGGUUGAGAAGAAGGCCAAGGAGGCCAAGGUUGCUGCAGGAGAGCCUAUUGACAGCAGCGAGGACGAGGACGACGAGGAUGAAGACGAUUCUGGAUCGGACUCCUUCUCGGACUCGGACUACUACGAGGAGGCCAAGAAGCCCAACGGCUCUGCGUCUGCCAAGGAGAUCAAGUCUAUCAACGGUGUCAAGGCUGCUGGAGGGGAACAGGAGGUUCCUGCUCAAACCGAAGCCAACGCUGCCGCCGCUGUUUAA